AUGGCGUCAAAAGGCAAAGAGGCAGAGUCAAGCAAAGAUGCUACACCUACCAACCCGCGGGGGAUCCCCUAUGCCCCGUUCGUCGAUAAGGUCGAAGACUAUGUUACUACGCGAGACGACGUCGAGCCCACUCUGCGCAGUUUCCAGGAAAUGAUAUCGAAAUACCAAUUCAUGGAGAUGAACCUGCAAAAGCGAAUGGGCGGCCUCAAGGACAAGAUCCCCGAUAUCCAGAAAACUCUCGACUCGGUCAAAUUCCUGAAGUUAAGAAAGGAUGACGAUGAGGCGAUAGACACAACAUUCGAACUAAACGACACCCUCUACUCCAAGGCAAAAAUCCCCGCGACCGAGGAGGUGUAUAUUUGGCUAGGCGCCAAUGUGAUGCUCUCAUACCCCAUAGACGAGGCGGAGACGCUAUUGAGUUCCAAACUAUCAACAGCAAAGACAAGCCUGUCAAAUUGUGAAGAGGACCUAGACUUCCUCCGUGAACAAAUUACGACCAUGGAGGUCGCCAUAGCCAGAGUUUACAACUGGGAGGUGGUGCAGAAGCGCAAGGAUAAGGCCGAGGAGGAGCAAGAGAAGAAGAAGAGCAAGUCGCAAGGAGACUAA